AUGUUCCUCCUCCUUGUAUCCGGAUUUGAUAUUGUUGAUGGUAUUUAUAAAUGUUUGAAGCAUUGGGAAAUUGAGGACAAGAUAUUUACGAUAUUUGUAGAUAAUGAUGCAUACAAUGACAGGGCAUUGAGAAGACUGAAAGAAAUCUUUUCUAGAGUGAGAAAACUCACGUGUGGUGGUAGGUUAUUUCAUGUUAGAUGUUGUGCACACAUUUUGAACAUUCUUGUGAAAGAUGGUCUUGCUAUGAUUGAUUAUGUUAUCGGGGAAGUUCGUGAGGAUGUAUUCCCAAGAUUUGCGGAGUACGAGCCACAUUUCCAUCACCUGCCAAAUGAUGAGGAGUGGGCGCAUGUGGAGAGUGUAUGCAUGAAUGUCAUUUCUGGAAGUGAUUGUCCAACAUCCAAUCUGUAUUUGAUUGAGGUGUUUAGAGUAAAAGAAACUUUGGAUAAAGGUGCUCUAUCAAAAAAUGAUUUCAUUAAGACUAUGGUGACUAAGAUGAAGGAGAAGUUUGACAAAUAUUGGGGGGAGUGCCAUCUUGUUAUGGCGAUAGCUUCAGUGUUAGAUCCAAGAUUGAAAAUGAAGUUAGUAGAAUUUAGUUUCCCAACCAUAUACUCCAAUGAUGAAAAGAACAUUGAAGAAGUCAAGAAAGCACUUUACGAAAUGUAUGAGGAGUAUUUGGAAAAACAUGAUGCAUUAGUCCGAGAAGCUACAACUCCUGCAAAUGGAUGUGGACGAAAUGAAGUGUCAAAAACAACAUCACUCGGGUCAGGAUUGGAGGCUUUCGGGGAGUUUAUAAAAAAUACAGAUUUGGAGAGACCAGAAAAGUCAGAAUUAGAUAUGUAUUUGGAAGAAGGUGUUUAUAGGAAUCAGGGACAAAAUGGAAUGGAUUCAUUCAAGGCUUUGAAGUGGUGGAAUGUUCAUAAACUGAAGUACCGCGUUUUAUCAAAGAUGGCUAUGGAUGUGCUUGCGAUCCCGAUUUCUACCGUUGCAUCUGAGGCAACAUUUAGUGAUGGGGGUAGAAAGGAGGAAACGCCCAUUGAGGUUUUACUACCUACAGGGACAAAUUUUGCUGGAUUGAAUUUGCUUCUAGGAAGAUUGACUUUUGAGUUUUGA